AUGUCGGGACCAGCUCUUUCCCACCAUUCUCAAAGGGAAAACACGCUUGCUUCGCCGUUGCAGUGCUCGCCAGUACUGCAGAAUAGCCCCACCGCAGGCAGUUUCGGCCACAGGGCCUCGUACCCAUCGUAUGAGUUGCAUCCGCAGAGUCUACCAUACCAAGGAGAGUCGCACAUGUACACCGCCAACUCGCCCACAUUGCCCGUUUCGCCCGUGCAGUCCCCCAAUUCGCUUCAACGAUUGCAAGAUCAAAACCAGUUUUGUCAACAUCCAUUGAGACUAGCCCCGAUUCCUACUCUUAAUCCGGCUUUUUCGUUUCAACCCCCUUUCCACAACAAUCAACUUCAAACGCCCACGAGCGCCGCUUGCUGGUCGCCUCCUGCUCAAGGGUCGUCGUCUGGUGGCUUUCCUGACCACGAGCAGAAUUCUUCUAAAAAAAAGAGAAAGCUGACUAAAGGUUUUCCAAGACAACACCUCACUGCCAAUGCAAAGUUUCUGUUAAAGUACAAAAACAUAAACCCUUCAACCUCGUCGUCGUCGUUGACAUCAUCAUCAUCGGGGCCAAGUAGAAAAAAGCCGAAACAAAGCGUUGUUGUUAAUGAGGAUGCCAUUCAUUUCCCUGUUCAUAGGAAUGUUUCCCUGGUGGACAUUCCCGAGACUACGCGCGAGCACUUGAACAAGAUGAUUUACCCCACGAUUGAGACCAAGAAGUAUUCAACCUCCGCCAUUGACCCCGAGAGGACAUACCUCACCGUGUUUGAGUACAUGGUCAAUGACCACUGGAUCAUCUGGGACUACGAAACUGGUUUUGUCCAUUUGACUGGCAUUUGGAAAGCUGCGCUCAGCGUGGAGGACUCCACUCCUCCCACCCCAAGCCAUCUCAAGGCUGACAUUGUCAAGCUCUUGGAAUCGACACCAAAGGAGUACCAGGCUUAUAUCAAGAGGAUCAGAGGCGGCUUCUUAAAGAUCCAGGGUACUUGGCUUCCGUUCAAGUUGUGCAAGAUUCUUGCCAGGAGAUUCUGCUACUACAUCAGAUUUGCGCUUAUUCCAAUAUUUGGCCCUGAGUUUCCGGAUUACUGUCUAAAACCCAGCGAUCGAGGCUUUGGAGAGUUGAAGUUGGACGACCUUGCCAAUUUCGAAGAAGACGCAUUGCCCGCGCCAGCGCCAGCGCCUUUAGCUUCUUCGACGUCAGCGGAGUCUGUUUCUCCAGCUCGCAGCCCAAACGUUGGCGCCGCUUCCCCACAGAAAUCGCAGUUUAAAAAUGCAACAUCUAGUGAGCAGCAAAAAGGUGGUUUGGUCAAAGAGCAGGUACCAGUCAUGGGAACAUUUAUGCCACCCGUCAACAAGCAGCCCAACAAAAGUGCCGUCGCUAACGACUCACCAUCGGACCCUAGUCCCGCUGCAGGGAAAAGCAGUAGCGAUGUGUCCUACGUGUUUGCUCCGCCGCGUGCACACCAUAAACAUUCAGGCUCGACAAGCAGCGACUCCUCGUCGGUGCUCUCGAAUUACCCUGUCACUCCUUCCCCCACCGAGCAUACAUUCAGCGACCAGCCACCACCACCGCCACAACCAGAUCAAACAGCAGCACAUUUUCCUGGCAAAACCAGCUAUAGUGAUUUGCUCGACAUAAUGAACGCCUCCAAAUGCCUUCAAUCCCUUAGCAGGGAAUCCAACCUCGCUCCCUUGAACCUGGCUUUGAGUUCGCAAAGUCCUCGCGUCUACAUACAUGAAGCGGAAAACAAGAACCAUAGUGAUGAUGAUGCCGCUACAGAAAACGAAUCGGACGACGACAACGAGUCCACCAUUGCCGGAAUAGAAUUCAAGGCUACUGCAGCUUCUGCUCACGCAGCAGAAAACAGGACGUCAGGGAUAAACUCCAUCUUGAUGGCUGCCGAAUUGAACAAGGCGGCUCCGCCGGCGCUCGUGGUGUCAAAGAAACUCAGUGCCUCGUCAGCUGCACCAAGACCAAGUAUGAGAAUAAGCGAUUUAACUGCAUGA